AUGGUGGUGCCGGCCUUUCAGUACUCCUUCACCCCGAGCGAGGCGGGGGCCUUGCGGGGUGGGGGUGGUGGUGGUGGUGGUGGUGGUGUGGCGGCAGCAGCAGGGACGACGAUGCUGACGCUGAACCCGCCUCUUUCCUUUCCCUCCGCCUCCGCCUCCUCCCUCUCCCCUCCUCCUCCUCUAAUGGUGUGGUGGUGGAGUAGCAUGGCUUCUUUAUGCAGGAAAGUCAAGGAGCUCGCCCCAGGCUGCCCACCCGCGCACAGCCACGACGGGAGCGAGGCGAUGGAGAGGGCGAGCAACAGCAGCCGCAGCAGUGCCCACGCCAGGACGAACCCAUCUCUCUCUUCUCUCCUCUCAGAGGCGGAGAAGUCCCCGGCGGGCGAUGGCAGCAGCCUCACCGGCGCCCACCCACGCCCACAGAACGAUCACACCGCCGGCCAAGAGAGCAGCCUCAGCACAACAACAGCAGCAAUCCCGUUGAAGACCUUUGCCGCCGCUGCUGCCGCCGCCCCACGUCUGAGGACAGCCUCGGCAGCUCCCCGGCGACCCUCCUUCUCUCUCCCCUCCGCCUCCUCUGCAUCGCUAAUGAACUCACAGCACUAUUUCCCUCUCCCUCCCCAGCAGCAGCAGCAGCAGCAGCAACUUGUUUUGUGCCGAUGCUGA